UGCAGCCGCAUCAGCCAGUAGCAGCAAUACAGAGACAUAUGCGGGAUUAUAGAGCUAAACCCGGCCAGCAGCCACAGAGAAGAUUGCAAUUGCGUCUGAGGCUUUUAUUUAAUGCACGCACCCAAGAAGAAGCCAGGAUCGCGUUCCCGUUUCGGAAUUAUUAUUUAUUACUGUGCCAGAGGCCCCUUGAAUUGAAUGUAAUGUGAACAUCUACAGCAAUGUGGUUAUUUUCCUGCAGAUGAGCUGCCGUUUUGUCCUCUCCCCCCCUCCUAUUCUCCUUUCAUCAUAAUUCAAGAUCAUCUUCAAUUCACUGGACUCUCCUAGACCUGUAUAUGAAGACGGAGUGGGGACCGUAAUGACCGCACGCUUCCGGUUGCCUGCUGGCAGAUCUUACGAUGUGGGAGCGUUGGAGGAGGCCAGAGAGAGACAGCACGCGCAGGUGGUGUGUAACGUUUUACUGCUGGACAACACAGUACAGACCUUCAGAGCCAAUAAGCAAGAUCAGGGGCGGAUCUUGUUGGACGUAGUGUAUAAACACUUGGAGCUGACGGAGCGAGACUAUUUUGGCCUUCAACUAGCAGAUGACUCUUCUGACAGCCAGAGGUGGCUGGACCCAAACAAACCUAUUAGAAAACAGCUCAAAAGGCCGUCUCCACAUAAUCUGAGGUUUAGAGUGAAGUUUUUCGUGAGUGACCCUAGUAAACUACAAGAAGAGUACACAAGGUAUUUGUACUUUUUGCAACUGAAGCAGGAUAUUCUGAGUGGCAGACUUCCUUGCCCACAAAAUACUGCAGUUCUUCUGGCUUCUUAUGCUGUUCAGGCUGAGCUGGGGGACUACAGUCACUCCGAACAUUUGCCUGGGUACCUCUCCGAGUACAGCUUCAUUCCCAACCCACCGCAGGAUUUUGAGAAAGAGGUCGCCAAACUUCACCAAGAGCACAAUGGACUCACACCAGCUCAGUCCGAGUUUAACUACUUGAAUGCUGCGCAGACACUGGAGCUGUAUGGCGUGGAAUUGCACUAUGCUCUGAGAAACCUCUUCCUGCAGUACUUCACACUCGGAUCCAAGUUUCGCUACUGUGGUAGGACAGAGGUGCAGUCUGUACAGUACGGAAAGGAAAGAGGCAACAAGAACAGAGUUUUUGCAAGGUCGCCGAGCAAGCCUCUGGUCAGAAGACUGAUGAGUGGUUUGGACUGGGAGACCGUCAGCAGGAAUUCCCUCUCGGACGACCGGCUGGAGACUCAGAGUCUGCCGAACCGUUCUCCACCAGACUCGCCCGAUCAUAACUCCGUGUUCACCACAGACGGGGCGCGGGUCAGGCCUUCCUCCAUUGGCCACCUAGUUGAUCACGUGAUCGAUGACUCGCCAUGCCAGACGUUCACCAAUCACAAGUCUGCAUCCUCCACACAGGCCAACAGCAUCAGCCUGGACUCAACACCGUCUCCUGAUGUGACGACAGACGAGCAGCCGCCGGCUCUGCCCCCAAAACAGUCCAGAAGAGACCCUCUGACCCACAACGGCAGAUCCCAGUCUCAGCACGAGCUGGACGAGCACCUCAGCGAACUAUACAAUGUACCUGCGGCGUCAGGAAAGAGCAUGAAUGGAGCUGUGCCUCAUGAUAAUCUUGUUCUGAUUAAAAUGAGGCCGGAUGAAAACGGGCGAUUUGGAUUUAACGUUAAGGGUGGCGCUGAUCAGAGGAUGCCCAUCAUAGUGUCCCGUGUGUCACGAGGCACUUCAGCUGAUAUGUGUAUGCCGCGCCUCAACGAGGGCGACCAGGUGGUGCUGAUUAACGGUCGUGAUAUCUCAGAGCACAUUCACGAUGACGUGGUUAUGCUAAUUAAGGCCAGCUGUGAGGACCAAUCAGGAGAGCUCAUCCUGCUCGUCAGGCCCAAUGCCAUCUAUGACGUGGAUGAGGAGCAGGAGAAGUUGGAUCUGGAGCCAGAUUUCCAGUAUAUUCCGGAGACGUCCGGUCUGGAGCUGAGCCACUCAGAGGCCGAUAGUUUGAGAUACUCCAUUCAGCUGCUGAGAGAUGGGCUGUCCAGCGGUACUGUGGCUGCACAGUUUGAUCAACUGUACAGGAAACGUACUGGGAUGUCCAUGUCAUGCGCCAGAUUGCCACAAAACGUCUCCAAAAACCGCUAUCGGGACAUUUCACCAUAUGACACCACUCGAGUUGUGUUGAAGGGGACUGAAGAUUAUAUCAAUGCAAAUUUCAUUAAUAUGGAAAUCCCAGGUAAAGGUGAAGUAAAGCGGUAUAUCGCCUGUCAAGGGCCUCUUCCUGGGACCUGCUCUGACUUCUGGCAGAUGGUGUGGGAACAGAGCGCCGCCCUAGUGGUCAUGCUCACGACACAAGUUGAACGUGGCAGGGUGAAAUGUCAUCAAUACUGGCCAAAUGUUUCGGCAAGUGGCACCUAUGGAGGCUUUCAGGUUACAUGUGUGUCAGAGGAAGGGAACUCAGCAUACCUGCUCAGAGAUUUGAUGCUUACACACUUGGAGAGUAAAGAAGAAAGGCAGAUUUGUCAGAUGCAGUACUUGGCAUGGCCCGAUCACGGCGUUCCAGAGGAUUCGUCAGACUUCUUGAACUUUGUCAGUCAAGUACGCAGCAAAAGAGCGGAUGCAUCAGAACCCGUAGUGGUUCAUUGCAGCGCUGGGAUUGGUCGCACCGGGGUGCUUAUCACCAUGGAGACAGCGAUGUGUUUGAUAGAAAAUGGUCAGUCGGUGUAUCCUUUAGACAUCGUCAGAACCAUGAGAGACCAGCGUGCCAUGAUGAUCCAGACUCCUAGCCAGUACCGUUUUGUCUGUGAAGCGAUUCUGAAAGUUUACGAUGAGGAGAUCGUAAAGCCGUGCGAAACUGAGCCUCCGGUCGAAAAGGAAGAAUGAACGCCGUCCUUCAACGUUUCGGAGGUUCUUCUGUGAUUUACAACUACUGCCAGUGAGAUCUGCGCUCAGCUCGCUGUCGCCCCCUGCUGGAAGGCAGCGGACAUGACUGCCUGCAAGCUAGAAUACAGACGAAAAAGCACUAUUGCACUUUACAGCGACAAACAAUGACUUAAGGAUUUU